AAAUAUGCAUAUACUGAGACCCAUGAAACUGAGAAACAGAAAUACUUUUCAUUUAAGCAUCUUUGUACUUUGGAUGAUAGUUUUACUAGUUGCUUAAAAUUCAGUGCAGUGAAUUUGCACAGUUGCUGUGGUCCAUCGGAUUUCAAAAUUAUAACUAGUUUGAUCAUCCUUUUCAACAGUUUUUUGGGUCACCAUUGCCCUCAAUUAUACAUUCUAGAAUUUACAAUGCCUUUUUUUCUAGAGAGAAUGAAUUUAACAGAAUCCAGGUCUAAUAGUUCUGGAUUUGGGAUUCCAGACACAGGACAGGAGGAAUUAGAGGACUUUGAGGUGUUUGAUUUUCAAGAUCUUAUCAACGUUAUUGCUCAUACAUUUAUGACUAUAGUUGGAGUUCUCUUUAACCUGAUAUCCUUGAUAACAGCAUUCAGAGUUAUGCGGAGGCCAGACACAAGGAGUAAGACCAAUGUGCACUACCUGGUAUUCCAGCUUAUUCUGGCAGAUUGCAUGGUGUCCUUCAUCAUUUUCCCAAUGGAAGCAAUCUGGAGAUAUACCAUUCAAUGGCAUGCCAGCAAUGCACUCUGUAAGAUGUUGAUGAUGCUUCGAACUGGAGGUUUUUAUCUCUCAUCAAAUCUUCUCGUUAUAUUAAGUAUUGAUCGAUACAUUUCAAUCAGUCGGCCUCUCUCCGCUCUUCAUGUUACCAAACAAAGGCAAAGAUCCAGGAUAAUGGUAGCGUGUGCAUGGAUUCUAGCAGCAAUAUGUUCCCUGCCCCAGGCGUUCAUAUUCCGCAAACUGCAAUAUCCCAACAAGGAAUUCUACCAGUGUUUGACAGUUGACUACUUUAGAAGUAUUUCCAGUCCCACAGUUAGAGGGAACAUAACAAGGUUAGAGUUGUAUGGAUUGGAACCUCAGGACUGGGAUAGGAUUUACAAUUUUUCGUUCAACGUUUUUGUUUUCUUCAUUCCCCUGCUCGGCAUUGUUAUCUCCUACACUCUAGUCCACAUACAGAUGUUUAAGAGAUCCCGAAACAUUCAAACUAACCUGGACGGACGGCAGGAUUGCAGGUUGUCCCAGAUGGCCAGGAAAAGCCAGAUGAUCGCCCUCAAGAUGUCGAUCAUUCACACACUGGCAUUCAUUUUUUGCUGGCUUCCAUACGUUAUUUUUGCGACAUGGUCAGUCAUUGAUGAAGCCUCUGUAGUAAAGAUCCCACCUUUAGUACGUGAUCUAUUGGAUCUGAGUGGACAGUUCAACACAUGCAUAAAUCCAUUGGUUUACGCAGCAUUUUAUUUCUCACAUGUUCGUGUUCUGGGGAAACGAUCUGAGAUCAGACAUCAGUUUAUUUCCAUGCGUUCCUUUCGGGUCAACAGAGUAGUUCAAAUGGACGACUCUUUAGCAACCUCACAGAUGGUGUCAAGGGGCGUUCAAGUUUGAGUUCUAGAUGGAGAAGAAAGAGAGAGGCAAAAGGUUUUAAUAGAAAUAAUCGAAAUAAAUAACAGAAUGAAAAUUAUCUCAAAACUAUUUACAACGUUUGAUAUUUCUCUAAAAACCAAAAAGUAAGAACGAACAACAAAUAAAAGUAACUUCGUGUGGAUUAAUUAAAGCCAUUUGAGAGCUUUGUUGUGACUGUGAGUGGACAUGAAUGAGACUUUUUAAUAUUAAUGCUUCCUUUUUUGGGAAUAAGACUUUUCAUAACAGUUCAUGCACUCCACCUGUAACGAGAAAAUUUGAUGUACUUGAACAUUCUCAGAUUCUAGUACUGAACUUUGUGUUAUUACAAGAUGAAAUGGACAUCAAAAAGUGAAGUAUUUCUAUUUGCACUGAAUUUACAGUAUGCAGCUGAAAGACUAAAUUUGAUGACAUAUCAGGUUCCAAAAUGGAGAAAAAAAGACUUUUUUGAAAUGUGCAUUGAAUCGAAUCUAGAUAUUCUUUCCAUUGUGGAAGUAACCUCAGCUCUUAAAAAAUGUCUAUAAACUUCUGAAAAUGAAAUAUUUUAUCAAUUUUCCCUAAAAAAAAUAUUGAAAAAGAUUUUGCAUCGCAUUUUCAGACAGCAGUUAGCAACAUACCUUCAUUAAUUUUUACAGCUGUCAGAAAAUGCUAUGCAAAAUCUUUUUCAAUAUUUUCUAUAGUAUCGACAUUGCUUACAAAACAAAACUUCUUUUUGCUUUUCAUAAAUUUCGCCCGCCAUAAUAAGAUCUAGUUGGUGUAAAUAAAUGGAAUCGAAAAAUGUGAACAUUUUGCUUUAAAGCUUGAAAAAAAAACAAUUCAUCUUUGAGAGAACAUUUGUAACAAUUGAUUGUAGACAAAGAUCUUUGAUAUAGGCUGGGAACUUUUGAGCUGGAUAUUCAUAAUCCAUAAACCUUGUUCUCGAUAUCCACAGUUUGCAUUUUUAGUUCUAUUAGGAUUCAUAUGCUUAAUCUCUUAAUCUCUUCUCUUUCAGUAUUCCUUUUCUUGAGCAAAGCCCCUUUUAACCCCCAAAUAUAGCACCAAUUGAUCCCUGACUGGGUACGUGCCAUGCAGGAUAUGAAAUUAAGAUUAAAUUAGUUUGCAGAUUAAUAAGAGCUUAAGAUCAAGCAUUCAUCUUGAUAUUCAAGAGUUCCCAGGUUUAUGUCGUUUAAAGAAAUCUAGUUUAAAUGAUGACUUUUUUUGAUAGUUUUUUAGUCGCGUCCAGGUUUGUUUUAAUUAUCCAUAAAUCUUGUUCUUAAAGAUUAUUUGUGUAGUGUCAGUAAUUAUAAAUACUCCUAAAUGUCUAUUUAUUGAUAAAUAAUCACAAAAUACAGGGAACAUUAGUCCUAAGCCGGGUUUAUCGCCCAUGUCUAACACUCAGUGUUAGAAAUGGGCCUUUAACAUUAUUCAUGUCAGUACAGCCAAAGUUGAUUUUAUAUUAUUUAAUAUUGUGUUGCACCUUUUGUUUAUAAACAACAAAUAAUUAUCAAAUUCGUUCACAGUUAGAAAUUGAUUUUUUUGUGUUAUAUAACUUUCAAACAGUAUUUUAUUUGGAAUGUUCUUAAAAGAAUAAAUAUCGUCAUAAAAAUUGCCAAACUUUAUUUCAUAUAACUUUUCUAAAUCUUUUAUAACUAUUUAAGAUAAAAAAGCAUUCAUCAAUAGCUAAACCUGUACCAUUUUAUCCAAUUAAACGAUUAACAAUUCAGAAACUAACUAUUUUAUAGAAUGGGCUUGUAAAGAUAUGAAAAAGUAGUAAUACAAAUGUAUGUUUAUAUGUUUUAGUAAUGUUGUUUGAUCAAAGCAUUCUACGGAGAACAUCCAUUUUUACUUUCAUGAAAGGAAACAAAACUUAUCACAUUCUUAAAAAUUAGAGCUUUUGGAGCAGAUUAAAUCAUCAACAUCAGGGAAAAGAGAAUUACAAAGGUUUUACUCCAACUAUGGCAUGUUUAAAUUGUCCACGCAUUGUUCACCAUAUCGAUUUUUUAUCUAUACACCCAGAUAGACCAGAGAAAUGGGCUCGUUCUAGGUAUAGGGACCGUUCAAACCGUUCGUCACUUUAAAGGUCUUUAAAGGUUAUUAAAAUAAAGGAUGUAUGCGUUCGUUCUAAGCUAAGAUCUGUACGUCUUGUUCAGUAAUAUUAUAUUGGUGGAAAAUAAAUUAAAUAAAUCACCUGUAAUUAUAACUUUUGUGUUAUGAAUCUCGGGAUCAAGCAUUGAUCUACUGAUUCAUUAUAGCCCUCUUUGAAAUCCUGUGCUGGUCAUACACUCCAGGUAUAACUUUUGUUGAGGGAUCAAGCAUUGAUACUCAAAUUUUUAAGUGCUCACACUGGAAAUCGAAAUCAAGUGUUUAAGAUAUACAAUAUCCACACAAAAGUUCCUAUCUCUCUGGUCUAUUUUCUGUCAAAGUAAAUAAAUUUUUUGCCUCAAACUUUAAUUUUUCAAUUCUUAUUUCUUUCUACCCCGAUGGUGUAGACCUUUCAUAUUACCAACUAUGAAUUUUGCUAGGUCAAAUAGUUAAGGUUUUAAAUAUCAAAUGCGUGUACCAUCAGGUUUCAAAGGUAUUGGGAUUUGAAAACUUGAGUUUGUCGCAACAAUUCAGUUCCUUUGAAUCGUUAUUGUUUGAUUUGUCUUGUCGUUCUAUAUUUCAUUUGUAAGAUAUCGUAUUCGUAUCUAAAAGACAAAUCUCUGUAGCUCGAAUUGGAUCAAUUAAUGUUGCCAUAAAAAAGCACAAAUAAAAAUGUCCAUAGUAAUUGAUGUGAUGUUAAGAAUUGUUAAGAAAUAUAUGUUA